AUGACGAGCAUCCACGCAGCAAACAUCCACGAAGUCCACGAAAUGCCCAUGUCGGAAAUAAUAAGACCGUUUAUGUCUUCAGUGGACGAAGACAAAGUUACUUCGUUAAUGCAGACGCUUUCCGACCCUAAAACGGAAAACCAGGUUCCACCGAUCGACAUAAUGUGGAUCGUAGGAAGCGAGGGUGGCAAUUACUACUACAGUUUCGGCGGGUGUCACAGGUACAUCGCGCAUGUACGACUUAAGUUACCCACCAUCAAAGUUAAGUUGGUUCGUUGUACCACUAAGGAUUUGUAUGUUUACUUGGGGUCCAGUACGCCAGACUUAAAAUAA